AAGAGUGGGGCCCCUGGGGGGUGGCACUUUGAGGGCUGCUCCAAGGGGCAGAGUAAAAGCUGGGGCCCAGCACCAAUCCUGGGGAUCCGGGACAUCCCCGGACUCUGACCCCUGUGUCUCGGCAGGUCUACGGCGCUGUGAUGCAUGUGAACCGCGGGAACCCGGCUGGCCACGAGGUGCUGGUGGAUUCAUGGCCAGAGUUCAACAUGGUCCUGACCCGGCCACGCAGAGAAGUCUACGGCGCUGUGAUGCAUGUGAACCGCGGGAACCCGGCUGGCCAGGAGGUGCUGGUGGAUUCAUGGCCAGAGUUCAAAAUGGUCCUGACCCGGCCACGCAGAGAAGUGGCGCGGGACCCCAGCGAUUAUUUCACCAACUUGUACACGACCUUCUACCGGGACGAGGGCGCCUGCCGGGCCCUGCUAGAGAACAGCCGCGCCGUGGACUGGGGCCAGGCCUUCCAGAUACACGGGCUGCAGGACGGGGUAUACGAGACCAUCAGGGACAUCGCCAGGGCCAGGGGGCUUGAGAUGGAGACGUAUCCGUACCGGCUGCUGUUGCACCCAGACCCGCCUGCCAUGUCCCAGUACCGGUAGGUGCCCCCCAGGUAUGGGGUGUGUGAGAAA